AUGUCUCGGGCAAUGCAGCUCAAGGAGGAAGGCAACCGCCGCUUUCAGUCGGGCGACUUCGUCGGCGCCGACAGCCUCUACUCCAAGGCCAUCCUGACCGACCCCAAGAACCCGGCCCUGUACACGAAUCGCGCCAUGGCCCGUCUCAAGCUCGGCCUGUGGGACUCGGUCGUGGCCGACUGCAACGCGUGCCUCGCCCUGUGCCCCUCGAGCAUGAAGGCCCACUACUACCUCUCCCAGGCCCAGCUCGCCAUCUGCGACUACGACACCGCCCUCGACAACGCCCGCCGCGCCCACGAACUCUGCGCCGCCACGAAUGACAGGUCUCUGGCCGCCGUCACCGCCGUUGUCCUGCGCUGCAAAAAGGAGCGCUGGGAGGACCGCGAGAGGAAGCGUGGCAGAGAAGCCCAGGACCUGGAGCGUGAACUGCUCGAGCUGCUCGACAAGCACCGCGACGAGGCGCUCGCAGACGAAGAAGACGAGGCUGAGGCCGGCCUCAUCCGCGACGAGAGCGCCCAGAAGGCUUCCCGCCUGCGCGACGUCUUUGAGCGCGCAAGGGCCCAGUCGGACCAGAGGAGACAGGUUCCCGAGUGGGCCAUCGACGACAUUUCCUUUGCCAUCAUGGUCGACCCCGUCAUUACAAAGACUGGUAAAUCGUACGAGCGGGCCUCCAUCCUAGAGCACCUCCGUCAUCACCCGAGCGAUCCCGUGACCCGCGACCCACUCGUCCCCUCGGAGCUCCGCCCCAACUUCGGCCUCCGCCAGGCGUGCGACGAGUUCCUGGAGCUCAACGGCUGGGCCGUCGACUGGUAG